UGAACAAUGUUGUUAAGAAUUGUGCUUAAUGAUAGCAUCCAUUAGAUUCUGCAUCUCUGGUGAAACUAUAUUCCAAUGAGGCAAUGAAUUAAUUGGUAAUCCAAUGGGUAUUGAUAAUAUUUGUACAUGGUAUCAACACAAAAUUGGAACUUAUGAUAAACAGAAGUGGGAAACAAAAAUAGAACAAAGGGAACAGAGAAUUUAUGGAUUGAAUCAUAUCCAGACAAGAAGUGCUACACCCAAUACAGAUUUGAUUGAUCUUGAUCUAGUAAGAGGUUCCUCUUUCACCAAAGCAAAACCAAAACAUGGUGUUAUCAAAGUAACAAAACUAGCAACAUUGAGAUGCUUGCUAUUUCCUUUUUAUGGAAAGUGGUGGAUUACACAAACAUCCAAAUAUGUAUUUGGAAUCAGCCUCCUUCUUUAUAUUUCUCUAGUUAUAAAUACAAUUAUUUAUUUAAUCAAUAAUUCAACCACCAGCACUGUGAAUUCAGAAUCGUUGUCAUGUAUGGAAAUAAUAAUUCCGUUAAUCAUGAUGUGGGUGCUGAGCUGGAUCCAUUCCCAAAUAGUGGCCACUGCCUCUAGCUCAGAAAUAAAAAAACCUAGGAUGAGGCACAGGAGUUACAAACGACGAAAUAAUUUGAAGAAGAGACAUAAAGUUGAGGAUCCAGAUGUAUUGAGAUCAAAAAAGGAAAAAGUGUCUAAUAAAAUCGAGAAGGAACUAUUCAACCACAUUGAGUUGUUGGAUUCUACUAGUAAUAAGACUAUCAAAAAAUCGAAUAAGUCAAAUGUCAACAUCACAUUUGGAAAAAAUGAAAUCAUUGGUUCGGAAGGUCAUUUAGAAGAUACAUUGAAUGCGUCUUGUAGCACUGAUUCAGAAAGUGAGACAAAACGAGUCUUGAAACCAAAGAAAAAAACAUCACUUGUUUCCAGAAGUAAGACACAUAUUCCCAUUAUAAACAUCACAUCUCAGGACAGUAAUUGUGAUUCUGAGGAUGAACCUCUAUCCUCUCCCGAUAUUAGACUUAAUGGACCGUCGUUGGGGGAUUUAACAUCUUCGGCAACUGAAUGGAUAGGGGUAACUACCAACAGCGAAGAUGGUAGCUAUAGUUCUGAUAUGGAUAAUCUUUCUGAGAGUAAUAUUGAGAAUGACAGGGAUUAUCCUGAUAAUGAUUUGGCACCUACGGCUAUAUUGAGUCCUCCUUCUGCUAAAGUGAGCUGUAUAAUCUGGGAGAAAAAUGAAUUAAAAAAGGCAGAUUUGUCCAUGUUGGAAAUCAGUUCUGCAAUCAUCGGAAAAGUAGACCUCAUGCCUGAAAGUAGAGACUAUUUCUAUGUAGGACUCACGAUAUCAACGAUUCUGGCAUUCCUACCAGUGAUUUGCAAAAUAUUGAACAACUCACAAUUUAGUUUACUGGAAACUCAACAUGUCAUUGAACAUUUUUUCAUCAACAGUUUCGAAGCAUUACAAAAAAAUAACUUAUUAUUGUUGGUUUCCCAUCAGAACAAUUCUGAGGAAAUAUUCAUCAGAUGGAGAAGUUUGUUCUCAGAGUUAGAAAAGGAUUCAUGGGAAUAUGUUGUGAUGACAAUAUCUUUAGCACAACGAUGGAUCUUGGCUUCAAUGAUAUUCUUUCUAUUAGCUGUGGCAGAGAGGACUUUCAAACAAAGGCUUUUGUAUGCCAAAUUAUUCUCUCAUCUUACCUCAUCGAGAAGAGCGAAAAAAUCGGAAAUACCACACUUUCGCUUGAAUAAAGUCAUAAACAUCAAAACAUGGUUAUCGGUGCGGUCUUAUAUGAAGAAGAGAGGCCCUCAGAGAUCAGUGGAUGUAAUUGUUUCCACAGCAUUCAUUGCGAAUUUAUUGCUCUUAACUUUUUUUUGUGUUGAAGUUUUGAAGGAUACUAUUAUAUUUUCACUUUAUUAUUUAGAAGCUUUGAUUUGGUGUAUUGGGUUAGGAAUAUUUCUGCUUCGAUUCAUGACACUAGGUACAAAAAUUAAUAAAAAAUACCGAAAUCUUUCGGUAUUGAUAACUGAACAAAUCAAUCUCCAUUUACAAAUUGAACACAAACCUCAUAAGAAGGAAGAAAUGAAUAUUGCAAAUAAUGUAUUGAAACUUGCCAUUGAUUUGUUGAAGGAGCUGGAAAACCCCUUUAAAAUAUCAGGACUCUCAGCGAAUCCGAUACUUUAUAACUGUACAAAGUUAGUCAUCCUUUCUGCAUUAUCAGGCGUUCUAUCUGAAAUGUUGGGAUUCAAGUUGAAGUUGCACAAAAUCAAACUUAAAUAAAGUGAUACAAUACAAUGUGAUGAAAUAUAUCAGCUAGAUUGCAUUCGAUUAUAGAUCUGUUAAAGAUACACUAUAACUGUUGUAAUUUUUAUUGAAUGUUUUCUUUAAAACCAAGAAAAUAUAAAAAGUACUUCCAUUCAGA